CAAUACCGAUUCAGUGAUCCCUUGCCCGUCUUCCCACCGGCGCCAAACCCACUCGAUUCUUGAAAUCUUGAAUACACAUACACGGGAACUCUCCAGGCUUUCCUACACUCGUUAUUGUCAUCGAUUCUCAGAAGAAGCUAGAAAUAUCAAUAGUAUGGUUUGGGGUCUCUUUCCUAUCGACCCAAUCCCAGGUGAAGAUAAAUACUAUUUCUUCAAUAAAGGAACAUAUAAAGUUGGUCGAAAAGGAUGUGAUGUGAUUGUGAAAAAAGAUAAAGGAGUUUCAAGGGUCCAUGCAGAAAUUGUGAUUGAAGAGAUGAUAUAUUUGGAACAUCCUCAGAAGAGUUCGGAUGUUGCCUCUAAAGUACGGAUAAGAGACUGUUCAAAGUAUGGAACCUUCAUCAACAAGAACCUCACUUCAAAGGAGAAGGUUCAUGAGUGUCCAAAUAAAGAAGCAAUGCUGAAGGAUGGGGACCUAGUUUCAUUUGGUACUGGGACUGCAACAUACAGGUUUUCUUUUGUUCCCCUUGUAUUUUUCAUCUGCUCUUCGGACAAUUCCAUAGCAAGUCGACUUCUUGUAAAGAACAUAUCAUCAAUAGGGGCUGGUGUAACCAGGAAAUGGAGUUCAUUUUGCUCACAUGUACUUGUUGAAGACAACAUUCCAUUGAAGGAAGGAUUAGUUGAUGCUAUUGUUGCCAGGAAACCCUUUGUCCAGUUCAGCUGGGUUGAGCUAAUUGCAGGAAAAAAUAUAUGCACCGAAAUUCCAAGCUGUGAUUCUCAUGCUCCAACCUUAAAGCUUGAAGGAAUCUCAGUCAAAGUUGCAGUCCCAGAAGCUCGAGGAAUUUGUUUGAAAACAUAUACUUUUAUACUGGAUUUAGUUGACAAGUAUAAACUGAAAGACGGAUUGCCGUCAUUAUUGGAAGUGAGUGGUGCAAAAGUUUCUUCUGUGGAAGAUUUCUGUCCCAAUAGCCAGGGCACAGAGGAGGAAGAAAAUGAGAAAAUGGUAUAUGUAAUCCCAGCAGGAUCAACAAGCUCCCAGUGCUUUCAUGGCCCUUCUUUGUCUAGGGUAAAUGAGAUGGAUUUAGUUGCUGCUGCUGUAUCUGGACAUCUAGAUCCUUCUUUGGUUGUAUCUCCACCAGUGCUUGUCACAUCUUCAUGCUCCACGGACGAGACUGUGGUGGCAGAUUCAGAUGCAGAAACAGAAAGUGGUGCCGAGUCAGGUCAUGAUACUGCUCCUGUGUGUUUAUUAGAAUCUGCAGAUCAAGAUGACAAGGAAAAAACAGUCAUUGAUGUCGUUGAAUCUACUGAAAAUAAGAAGAAAAGUGAAAGUUCUAUGCUAUUUGUUAAGUCAAUGGAAGAUGAUCAUAUGAGGGAUAUAAAUUUCGCCACUUCAAAAUCAACCAAGCAUGUUGAUGACAAAGAAAUUCCAGACAAAAAUUCUUCUCUUAUUAAGCCGGAAGGGGGUUGCAGCAUGAUGGUUGGAGUCAAAACUGAUAUUGAAAUGUCAAAAAGAAGUGAAAUUGACUUAAAAAGUGGGAAUUCAGAUAUUAUAUUCAGCCAAGAGUUGAUUAUAAGAGAACGUAACCUACCUACUUUGGUGAAUUCCUCAACAAAUGGAGUUGCAAAUUUUAAACGCUUCAGAAAGAGAACAGCUCCGUCUGGGAAUAGCUUUAACAGCCUCAUUCCAUUUUCAAAUGACCCAUACAAAGAAUCUGACUAUGACAAUGAGGAAGUAGUUGAAUCUAUAAAAGAAGAGAGAAGGAGAAAACAAAUGGAAGCUAGGGCAGAAGACUUAUUUAAUGAUGAGAAGAAGAAGAAACGUGGUGUCAUGGGUUCUCUUCUUGGAGUUUUUGCACGUGGUUAACAAAGGUCCUCGUAACAUGCUCUUGAUGAUUAAUUUUUGACGUGCCAAGGCCAGUUAGAUUCAUAAUAUGCUGAUGACGUUAGUGGAGUUCAAAGUCACUGAGAUGCAUGUAUGGAGUUCUUCAGGUUGGUUGUAUAUAGCUAGCCACAUUCCCCUUCUUCCACCCUUCUCUCAUCACAGCUUAUGGGAUCUUAACCAGUCAAUUCUAAUGGGUGAUCAGGCUGUUAUUGCAUACAUGUGAAUCUCUCAAACUUGACCCAAAAUAAUUUAUCGAUCUUGAGAAUUAUCAAGUAUUAUGGGCGGGUUUGGUACUUGUAAUGAUAAUGUGUUUUGAUGAAAGUAUUUUGCAUGUUUGGUAGUAGGGUA